AUGGACAGCGACAAGGAAGCCACCAAGCUGUGGAGAGUGUAUCGCACGGUGAAGGAGCUGGUUCGUGACCGCGGAUACAACGUUGGACAGGCUGAAGUUGAAAUCUCGCUAGGAGAUUUCAAGAGCCAGUUCUGCAACGCCGACGGAUCGGUUGCGCGUGGUCGGAUGAAUUUUCAGGCUGUGCCCUUCCCGGCAACCGUAGAAAAGUUCCCUCAGGUGGGCUCGUUGUGGGUUAAUUUUUGUGAUGAAGCAUCUGUUGGUGUGAAAACGAUGCGUGAAUUUGUUAUUCUCGUCGCCACAAAGCAGUUCUCGAAUGCGCUUUUCAUCUACCAAACCAGCAUCACCCCUUCGGCCUCGCGGCUAAUUCCGUCGGCCGCUCCUGCUGUUAUCGAGACAUUCCAAGAGAACGACUUGGUGGUCAACAUCACCAAGCAUGUUCUGGUGCCCAAACAUUUGUUGCUAAGCGAUCAAGAGAAAAAGGAGCUGCUGGCCCGCUACCGUCUUAAGGAGAGUCAGCUGCCGCGAAUUCAGCGUGAGGACCCAGUUGCUCGUUAUUUUGGACUCAAACGUGGCCAGGUUGUUAAGAUUAUCCGCCGUUCCGAGACGUCUGGUCGCUACGCCAGUUAUCGGAUCUGCUUGUGA